AGAGGGCAGGGUUAGGGGAAAUAUUGGGGAGAAAUUGUUCCCUGUGAGGGUGAUGGGAGCCUGGCAUUGGGUGUCCCUGAGUCCCUGGAAGCGUCCAAGGCCAGGUUGGACAGGGCUUGGAGCAACCUGGAAUAGUGGGAGGUGUCCCUGCCCUUGAUGGGGUGGGAUUAGAUGAUCUUUAAGGUCUCUUCCAUCCCAAACCAUUCCAGGAUUGCAGGAUUGGGGGGAUUGUGUCAAUUUGGGGCUCCACACAGGAAUUCCUUGGCCAGUCAUGCCAGAGCAGCCAACACACGUCCUGAAGGCUGUGAGGUUUGCAAACAUUGGUAUUUCUUUUUCCUGCAAAUUCUAUCAUUAGAUGCAAAUUUAAUUUUUUAAACAAGGCGCUGAAAAAACAGAAAACCAACAAAAUUCAGUGUCUAAGCUGUGUUUCCCAGUAGGAAAUGGGUUUAGCUUGAGCUGGGGGAGCAGUGUCCCACUCAGUGUCCCCCACCCCACUGAGAUGUGGCUGGGCAAAGGGGUGCUGUGCCUGCCCUCAGUGCUUGGAGCUUUAAAAGAAACCCAAAUUGACAGCAGAUGAAAGAAACCACCACAACCGCUGCAGCUAAGUCCACCUGUGGCCAUUAAUCACGCCCCUAAAAAUAUAUUGCUGUGUUUAAUCCCAAACCACAAAUUUACUGUCUAAAGAAUUAUCAGAAUAAAUACUUCUAACAGUAAGGACCAUUUAAAUCACUAGUGUGUACUAGCAAACCUCAAAACUGCUCCAAAGGCAGUUUUUUCUUUCCUUGCAGACCAAUUUAAACCUGCCAACAAUAGCCUUUUUUUCCUUAACUAGCACAAAUACCCCCUACCCCAUAUAUGACCCGAGUUUGGUAAAAAUGGACUUUUUCCAAAGCAAUAUUUCAAAUAACAUAAAAGAGAUUUCCCAGCUCAAAAUCCUUUAUAGGUGAGUAGUACCCUUUAUAUGUCUUUUUUUUCCCUUAAUAUUUUGCCUGCAACUGACAGGUGAAGUUUGUGCUUGGGAUUGGGCACUGAAAUGAAAUGAAAUCUCUCAUUUAUACAGAGCUACAGCAUUUUAAUCAAAUAAGCUGUAGAAAAAGUUGUAUUUACAUGAGAAAAGUAGAGGUUUUUGUUGAUUGAUUCAAGCAUUGUGUGUUGGGUGUAAGAAUUGCUUUUUCAGGGAGAAGUCAGGUGCCAUCAGUGACAUUUCUUGUUGCUGACAUGUUUUCUUCAAAUUCUGCUUUGCACAAGGUUUUGGUUUUGGAACUUUUUCCUGCCUUUCUCGUCAAAGUUAAGAAAUCAUAAUUUACAGUUGUUCAGGAUUAUUGUUAUUAAGGAAAUAAGAAAUGGCAAUGGAAGGGAGGAUUUAGUGACAUGGGGUACAAACCAGAGCUUUAACUCCUGGCUGGAGCUGAGUAGUCACUUUGAGCCAUCAGAGACACGAUGGAAAAAGCCCCUGUGACUGCCUGGGUCAUCAGGGAGCUGAUCCUCCUAAAAACUGGCUGAACACUGCAAGAAACUGUUUUGCUUUAAGGCAGUUCAGUUUCUUGAUCUCAUUUACAGAAAGUCCACACAAGGCAUGGAGGGGAGCAAAAGGGUUGGCAGAUGAGGGCAGGAUUUUGGUGAUAAUACUGAGAUUCCAUCUGGAAGUGGUGAUGAGGACCCAGCAUCUGCUCGAGGAGAGGAUGUGGAUGGAUAGGAGGUGUCAUACCAAGACUUGAAGUUACCACACAGCAUUUUUACCAAGUCUGGUUGUCUUCCCUGUCCUCCAGGCCAAAGAUUAGAAUAACUGGCAGAAACAGAACUGCAGAGAAGAUCUUGGAGUUUAGCAAAGCCUUGGAGGAAGGAGGUGGCAUCUCCUUCCCUGGGGCUUGGUAAGAACAGAUGAGACAAAUUGUGUUUGCUGUGGGCACGUCCCACCCUGUGGAGCUUCACUCAAAAUCCAGUAGAGUAACCCAGAUAUUUUCUUCCCUGUGAUGGCUCCCACAGCAUCCCUGGGGGCCUUGGUGGCUUCUUUCCCUCGCUUUUUUUUGUUUGUUUGCCACUGAAGUGACUGAUUUGUGGUCCUUGAAGGACUGGCAGUGUUUGGGUUGUGUUUCUGUCACCUCCCUGGGCUGCAGGCGGGGUCUGAUCCCAUUUUUGCCAGGCACUGUAGCAUUGCUGCUGAAAGACAAACUUUGUGUCAGAGGGAAGAUAAACCAAAGGAGACUGAGCAGAGGGGGGACAGGGAAAGACACAAGACACAAGCACAAAGUGGCACUGGGGCAGAAUUAACACAGCAUUGCUAAAUAUAUGCUUUGGAUGGAUUUCAUUUUUAGCUUUGGGCUGAGAUAAGGGCCAGCAGGGCUGAUAGGGAAGGAGUUUUCUCACCCCUCCACAAGCUUCUACAUUGCCCUGAAGCAUUUGCAAAAAUAUUAAGAGCUGCUAGGAUAAAGAAAGUGAUGUAAAAACCCGUGCUGUUAAGGGUUUUUAUUUAUUAUCUGUGCUCAUCGUGCUAUAAUCACUAUUCCUCCUCAAUUUUUUUUUUAAUUCCUUUUAUAAAAAUAAGUAAAUGUAAAGAGUCUCCUUUCCACUUUUUUACCCUGGGGAGGCAGUGAGAGGGAAGGAGGUGUGUCCUCACCACCAGCCAAGGCCACCACUGCCCACCCUUGGGGUGAGCAUCCUCUUCCAUGCCCGUGGGAGACCUGGGACCUGCCCCUCCCUUCUGAGAUGGUGCUGGGGUUCAGAGACAGGUUCUGUGAGCAGAGGGAGGGUUGUCCUUUCUGCCCAUGCCUAAAUUCCUGCAGCUCCAGAGGGCCCUCAAAGGCUUAAAAGUCUCCCACCACAUAGGAAGUUGUGUUCCCUCUUUGUCUCUCUCUCACUGAGUUCAAGGAGGCUUAACAAGUCACUGGGGACAGAAACAAUAAUAUCUCUGUAUCUAAUGCUUACUGUAAGCAAAAGAUGGAUUACAAAAUAGGCUGUUUAUUUUUAAUUAUUAAUGUGUUUGUGCUAGCAAACCUUCUCAGAGUUACACAUUGUUUGUCACGGAUGGGAAAGGGGAUGAACUAUUUGGCAAUAGUAUUAAAAACAGUAAUUAUUCAUCCUGGGCAUGGCCAUUUUUAUUUUUUUCCUCUAGUGUACAAUAAAAAUUUUUCAAAGUAUAUGCUGAGGCAAGGCCAGAAAGCAUUGUCCUGAAGCAAAGGGUGGUAGAAAUCAGGGUUUUCGUCCUAGUUCAGUGAAAAAAUUUUGCUUCACUGCCCUGCUGUCCUCUCCCCAAGGAUUCACCAGGGAAAAUGCCUCCCUGGACUAUUUACAGCACUCUCCUUGCACUGCACCAGAGGAAUUAUCUGCCUCCUCCAGCCCUCAGCUAAUCCCUAAAUUGCAUCUCUGCUGCAAAGCUGAGUUUAUUUUCAUUCCAUCAUCUCGUAGUUUUAAGUAUUACGAGGAAUAAAAUGGACAUGCAAAGCGGUGCUUUAAUUUUCAAGGGCAGUCAAGUGUUUUAUUUUUAGGAUGCUCUUAUUGAGGAAAGAAUCUCUGGCAGGUCUUAUCUGGUGGCUAAUAAUAGUGACCUGGUGUGCCCUGAGUGCUGCUGCCCUGCCCUUCUCACGCCUCCUGCUUACCCUGGGUGCUUCUGAUCAGCUCAUUAGGGCUGCCAAAAUGACAGGCUCUAAUAAUGUAAUAGCAAGGUUUGCUGGCAGUAAUUAACUCCUCGCACCGCCUGUUUUUACUGGAAGGGUGACGUUGGUAAUUAGAGAGCACAAAUAUUUACUGUAAGCAGGUUUUCCUGUGCAGGCUUUAGGAAACCAUCUGUGUGUCACCCUGUUGAAUAUCACAUUAGAAAAUACUGAGGAGGGGCAGCUUGCUCUGAGAACCCUUUUUGGGUAUAAAAACCCCGUUUUCAGGCUCUUCCUGCUCAAUUUCAAUAUAAAUCUUGUUUCCUGGGAGCUUUUUGUUUUUUGUGUGGUCUGUUUAUUGAUAACAAAUGGAUCCCACGCUGAAUUCGUUUCACAUCAUUAAGUACAAUUUCCCCAGUGACAGUGGGGCUGCUCCUCCCAGUUUAUGGUUAUGGUUUUUCCCUGAACACAGGAGAUCAACAUCAGCAUCUCAAUGCACCAAGUGCAUUUUUUUAAAAAAAAAACCAUGUUGAAGUUUCCAUCUUUCCUAAAAGCAGAAUUUGCUCCUGCAGUCCAGCAGUGUUCCUGCAGCUUGUCAUCAAAGCAAGAAGCAUGCUGGAGGAAGUAUAAAUAGAAAUUCAUUUUAGUAAUGCAAAUCCCACAGUCCUAUUUUGGGCAGGGAAAAUCCCCACACCAUUUUUUUAAAAAAGAAGUGUGAUGGUCUAGUUUUAAGGCUAGGCUUAUGAGGGAUUUUGUCUACCAGUGUGUUGUGGUGGAGAUUCUCCUCUGCCAUUUAAAUAGAUCUGUUUCUGAUUAAUCUAGCUUUUACAUGCUAUAAAUCCUUGCAAAUUAGCUCGGGGUAUGACCUCCUCCAGCAACUCACUCUGUUUUAUUUAGUGGAGUGGUUUUGGCAGAUAAGUCCCCUCUCUUCUGCCUUCUAUGACUCCACUGGGAAAACAGUGAAGAGACAAAAACUUUGAAGUAUUUCACACCCUCAUCUUCUGUUUUUUUCCCUUCAGAAGUGGCUUUUUGCUUAUAGCCCCCUAAGCUGCUUGUGUGACCCCUGCUGCACCGUUUAGUGACUUUGCAAUGCUCUCUCUCUCUCUAAUAGUUGGUGAACACCAGCUGACAGGGCACAAAGUAGCAGUGAAAAUACUGAACAGGCAGAAAAUCCGCAGCCUGGAUGUGGUGGGGAAGAUCAAGCGAGAAAUUCAGAACCUGAAGCUCUUCCGGCACCCUCACAUUAUCAAGCUGUACCAGGUCAUCAGCACACCAACAGACUUCUUCAUGGUCAUGGAAUACGUGUCUGGCGGGGAAUUGUUUGAUUACAUCUGUAAGCACGGACGUGUCGAGGAGGCAGAAGCUCGACGCCUUUUCCAGCAGAUCCUGUCGGCAGUGGAUUACUGCCACAGGCACAUGGUUGUGCACAGGGACCUGAAGCCAGAGAAUGUGCUGCUGGAUGCACACAUGAAUGCCAAGAUAGCUGAUUUUGGACUGUCCAACAUGAUGUCAGAUGGUGAAUUUCUCCGCACCAGCUGUGGUUCCCCAAAUUACGCAGCCCCUGAAGUCAUCUCUGGAAGGCUCUAUGCUGGCCCAGAGGUGGACAUCUGGAGCUGUGGUGUCAUCCUCUACGCCCUCCUGUGUGGCACUCUGCCUUUUGACGACGAGCACGUCCCCACCCUGUUCAAGAAGAUCCGUGGGGGAGUGUUUUACAUCCCUGAAUACCUGAACCGCUCCGUGGCCACGCUCCUCAUGCACAUGCUGCAGGUGGACCCCCUCAAGAGAGCCACCAUCAAGGACAUCAGGGAACACGAGUGGUUCAAGGAGGAGCUGCCCAGUUACCUGUUCCCGGAGGACCCGUCCUACGACGCCACGGUGAUCGACGACGAGGCGGUGCGGGAGGUGUGCGAGAAGUUCGAGUGCACGGAGUCGGAGGUGAUGAACAGCCUGUACAGCGGUGACCCCCAGGACCAGCUGGCCGUGGCCUACCACCUGGUCAUCGACAACCGCCGCAUCAUGAACCAGGCCAGCGAGUUCUACCUGGCCUCCAGCCCCCCCACCGGCUCCUUCAUGGACGACAGCUCCCUGCACAUCCCUCCGGGCGUGAAGCCGCACCCCGAGCGGAUGCCGCCGCUCAUCGCCGACAGCCCCAAAGCCCGCUGUCCCCUGGACGCCCUCAACACCACCAAGCCAAAGCCCCUGACUGUCAAAAAGGCCAAGUGGCACCUGGGGAUCCGCAGCCAGAGCAAGCCCUAUGACAUUAUGGCCGAGGUGUACCGGGCUAUGAAGCAGCUGGACUUUGAGUGGAAGGUGGUGAACGCCUACCACCUGCGGGUGCGCCGCAAGAACCCCGUCACCGGCAACUACGUGAAGAUGAGCCUGCAGCUCUACCAGGUGGACAACCGCAGCUACCUGCUGGACUUCAAAAGCAUCGAUGACGAGGUGAUGGAGCAGAGGUCUGGCUCCUCCACGCCCCAGCGCUCCUGCUCGGCCGCAGGCUUGCACCGGCCGCGCCUGAGCAUCGACGCGGCCGCGGCCGGCGAGUGCCAGUCUCUGAUGGGCUCCCUGAGCGGCUCCUUGGUGGGCAGCAUCCCCUCGGUGCCCCCACGCCUGGGCAGCCACACCAUGGACUUCUUUGAGAUGUGUGCCAGCCUCAUCAUGGCCCUGGCCCGCUGAUGGCACCGGCCCCUCUGCGCGCCGUGAGGAUCUGCGCCGACUCGUCCGCGCCUCCUUUCUUUUGCUCCCUUGUUCUUCCUCCUCCUCCUCCCCACACUGCCAAGUCCAGACCCAAAACAUGCUUCCCUCUAGCGAGGCACCAAGGAAAUUAACUUCAUUUCCUCUCCUUGUGCCUGGCAAAAUGUAUCCAAUAGCCCUUUGGUUUUCUUUCCUCGUGAAGCCCAUGGGGAAUGUCGAGGCUGUAACCUAACAAACGUAUCACGGAGUUUUUGGAAAACUCCUCCCCCCUGGUUCUUCCUGAGGAAAUGGAGGCACAGCCAAGCUUCCUGCAGGGAGUUUGAUGUGCAGAGCAAGGCCAGGAUGGGCUGAGCCAGGGUGGAGGGGCUGACCAGGAGCUCUGUGGAAUGGAGGGUAAUGAAUCAGCUCUGUUCACACCCAGGUACCAGCCUCUCUUAACACUUUUCUCCCCAAAGCAGCAGCUGCUUAGAUGCUUCUGCACUAGUGCAAUAUGACCUCCCUCCCCUCUCUUUUUCCCUCUGCUAAAGAUGGGGAGGGAAGGUGGGAUGUGCAAAGCUCCUGCUGCAAAGCUGCCAUGGGGAGGCCUCCCCGUGUCCAGUGUUUGCAGAGGAGCGUCCCUAAGGUGCUUCAUUUCCUCCCGAGAGCUCCGGACAGCGCUGACCCGCUCGCCACACUCGGAGCCGAAGGCAGAUUGCCUUUUCCCCAGCCCUUAAUCCUCCCUCCAGCCUGCUCCCCCUCCCCUGCCUCACCACGGGCUCCACCUGGAUCCCAAGCAGGGUUCAGGUGAGCAGAGGACAGGAUCUGGGUCACCCACCUGACAACCCAGUGCUUCACCCGAGGGCUGGCGUCGUCCCUGCGGGGCAGGAGCCAUCAGCAGCUCCGCAGCUCUCACCUAGGAAGCUCUGCCUGUUGUCACCUCCCCAAAAUCACUGCCAAAUCUGCCUUCCCUGCUGCUGGACACUCACUGCUCCUGCCCAAGGGCUCUCCUGUCCUGCUGCUGCCCACUGGACCGUGACCAUCGCCACGCCGCUGACCAGGCAGGGAUAUCCCAACCCGGAAUUUUACUGUUCCUUUGCUACUGGCUACCUGAAGGAUGGGAUUUUAAUUUUUAAGACAAACAGCAGGGAUUUUUAAGGUUAAAUUCUUGUUACCCAAGGGUAAACCCCAAUGCAUGUGUGACUUCUUUGUUUUAAAGAGUUAUUAUUUUUUAUUACACGGGAUUAAUCUAAUGGGCAGCGUUGGCAUCUGCUUGGCUUUGACAUGGUAUUUAAUUCCAUUUACUUGAUUAUGAAGUAAUAGUCUAAUCAAGGAACAAAUGCUUUAUGAGAGCUUUGCCAAAAAAAUCCUGGGUGGGGGGGGUUUGGUUUUGUUCUGGUUUUUUGGUUUUUUUCCUUUUGUGUUCUGUUUUAAGAAACAAAGCAAAGAACUUUUGCUGGUCCCAGGUAUGCAGUCAUUCAACUUGAAAAAGAAGUUUCAUCUGUCUUUUUGAUAGCUUCUUAUGGCCCCUUGAGGUUUUUUCCUAGGUUUUGGGGUUUUUUUUUUUGUACAGUUGCACUUUAAUUUAUACUUUCUGCAAGUUUUCAUGAGAAGCAAGGAAGAGAACACAUUAAGCCUUUUUUACUAAUUAUUUAAGGUAAUCAAGACAAACACAGGAUAUUUUUGCCAUCUACUGGCAGUUAAAUGGACCUUUUCAGCUUGAAGUCCCUUUUUUUUUAAAAAGAACCACAAAAUUGCCUUACUUUUGUUACAGAUUGUGCUUGGAUCCUCACUAAUGUGACUUUAGAGCUCCAGUUUUUCCAGAAGCCGCACAAAGUAGAAAAGUAGAAAGCUGACACAAAAAAAAAAAAAAGAAAAAAAAGGAAAAAAAAGAAAAAAAAUCAGUUUUGCUGUUAAGCUCUUGAACACUAAAUCCAACACAGCAGUGUUUGGACUGUAAACCCACAGCAGAACAGCUCUGUUUUUAAAAGAAAUACUGGAAAUAUUUGUAGUGCUCCUAGGUUUUGUAACGAGCCUUUUAUUAUAUUAUGACUAUUAAAUAAAUCCUCUGGGGUGGAGGAUGGCUUUGGUGCUGUGCCUGGUGGCUGCCAGGUGAUUUGUGUCGCCAGUGCUGUGGUGUGAGUUUGGAUGGAGAAUCCAAACUCCUGCCUGCAAAAGAAAAAUAAUAAUAAAUAAAUACAAACCCCACCCCAGAGUCAAAGCUGAGGAGCACCCAGCCCUUCAGCAGCUUUUGGAUCAAGGCUGAGAUGAGCAAAGAGCCCUGAAUGGUUUUGGGGUGAUGGAGAUAAAUCCCUUUGCAAAGGAGCAGAUGUAGGGCCAGGCAUUGAUUUCCAUCCAGGAAAGAGCAAUGAGUGAAAUGUGUUUGAAAUGUUAAAGGCUUUUCAAAUCUUUACUCCCAGCUGAGCAUCUUGCCAAAUCCUGGCAGCACCUGUAGCCCCCUUGCUAAGGGGCUGGGGUGUUACAGUCUGGGGCUCAGGAGCAGGUAGAUGUACUGAUUGUCUUUUUUUAAAUUUACCCUUCUCCUCUGGGAUUUCCUUCCCAGCAGAGCUAAUAGUAUUAAGCAGCAGCAAAUGCCCUUGGGAGGAAAUAUUUGCUUCCUGGAGGCGGAUGGGAUUUUGAGGUUGGUAGAAUCAGUCCCUUGUGGCGCUUGGCAUCUUCUCAGACCCGUGCAAGCAUUAACUGCUGUGUGGAUCUGCAAAACCAGUCCUGCCUGGAGUUACUCAGCUUUCCAUAAGGACAGACACAAAGGGAUGAAGCACUUCCCUGCUCAGGGGCAGCAGGGGCAGCAGAGGGAGCAGGGCUGGUGCAAGCACCUCCUCAGUGACCACAUCGGAUUGAAGGGUCCAUCACAGCCUUACCCAAAUCCGUGCUGCACUCUGAAAUACUCUGAGGACUUUCACUCCUUUUUGUUAUUUGUUUUACCUUCAAAUAGGUAAAUAGGCUGUGUUCUGCUUCCCAGCUGCAGAGGAGCUGCUGACCUCGUUACAUUUUCCAGAGGAAGAGUUUAACUUUCACACUGUUACACUGUGGUCAGCUCUUUUUGAGUUAUGCUGGUACAUGCACAAGCGUCGGGAAAAGCAGGGUAGACAAUAUUUGAACUACAGAAACUUGAAUUACUCCAAGUGCAAUUCUUCAGAAGCCACUGGACAGCUGUGCUUUGCAAGCCACAAACUCACCCAAAUUUUGCUUUAGCCCGAGGGGGAGAGAGACAAAAUGCAAAGGAUAAAGAGUUCAGAUAGGCUCCAACAGAAACCUCCAGCUCCUGGAUGAGUUAAUUCAGAAAUACCUUGUGCUGUUCUUGUUGGAAGCUAUAUAUAUGUAAAUAUUAUAUAUGCACACAUGCAUAUAUAUAAAAUGUAGGUGGCAUCCCUGUCUUUGACCUCUCAGCUUUAUUCUUCCAGCAGGGCAGGUGUGCCCUGGACACUGCCACCACUCACUAAUCCCAGCCUCUGAGAGGACCUGGACAAAGGGGAUGCUGUUUUUUACACCCUCUUUUAGGUAAAGCCCCUGAGUAGCUUAGCUGACCCCACCAGGCUCUGCAAGGCCUUGGCCAGGGGUGGGAGGGGAAGUGGCACCAGGAGCUGUGAGAAUCCUGCCCUUCCACCCCCCUGGCCAAAGCCCUGGUGCCAGCUGGGGUUUGGGCUAGGUUGAAUUUCAGGAGCUGCAGCUGAGCAGGUAAAGGCAGCAGGAUUUUUUUUUUUUUUUUCCUUCACUUGAACAGGUCAGAAACUCAUCUUCAGCUGUGUGUCCAGUUCAGCAUUUCAUGAGGUGUGUACAAGCACAGGGGAAUAUAUCUGCAGUGUUGUGAAAACGUGAACCAGCUGGUUAGUGCGUGUCGUGUGUGCGUUCUUACGUGUGGCUGUGGUGGCAUUCGUGUUGGAAUAGAUGAGGUUUGAACAAAAUAACCCUUCUGUCUGCUCCUUUUCAUUUCACUGCUCUUUCCUGCCAGCGUGCAGCCCUGCAGGAGGAGGAGGAGGGAGCUGUGUGCAGGACAUGAACUCGUGCCUUCGCUGCGCGUUGGGACCGCUGCAAGUGGCAGCUUUGUUUCACGAGGUGCACAAUUUCCCCAGCCCAUGCAGGAUCCCCCCUCUGAGACAUGCAGGCCGUGUUUCUAAAUACUUGAAGUACCAUUUGUUGUGCAAUUAUUUGGCUUCACCCUUUUAUUAGCUGAGAGGAGAGGGGGAAGAAGAAUCACACAUCUGGAUGAGCCAAACCAACCCCCGCUCGAGCUCCUGCUGUUUCUUUCCUGGAAAGUUUUAGGAUCUGGUUUUGUUCCAGGUGGAUGAUGUACCUUACUAGAGUCACCUUUCUUAAGGUCUUACUUUGGUAUGGGCUUUUCAUUUAGUGCUUUCCUUUGGCUUCCUCAGCCCUCCCCUUUUAUUUCCUUUUUUCAUCAUUCACUUAUGAAAAAAAAAAAAAAAAAAAGAAAAGCAACAGCUUCUUGUAAUUCUGAAUUCCCAGUCUGCCUCCCGGCCAUGGAGCUAACAAUUCAGCCAGAGGUACCUCACUCCCAUGGCCGAGAGAUGACCUGGGUUUCAGAGUUCCCACAUGACACCUCCUGAUGGAACACUGACUUUUGCAGAGAGCACUCCUGGUAUUCGAUGCACAGAUCCUUGCUCAUUUUAAUCAUCAAAAUUAGGAGAACUGGACUGUGAGUCAGAGCUCUACCUGCAAGCACGAGUACACUUUUGGUGUUAGGAAAAGUCUGUUUCAAACAAAAGCCUUGAAGUUCCUGCUGAAGCUGCCUUAAUUUAAAAAGUCAAAGUUUAUUUGUAAGACUCAUCUCU